GCAGAGCCUGGGAGGGGAGAGAGAGCUCUGAUUGGUCCAGGUCGGGUCCCCCUUCCUUUGCUUCCAAUGGGGGAGGACACCGAGAGCUCCAAAGUCAACCACAGCUUCCUGCGAGACUACGUCACCGAAGCUGAUGUAAUCUCUACAGUGGAGUUCAACCACACAGGAGAUCUGCUGGCUACAGGGGACAAGGGAGGCAGAGUCGUCGUCUUCCAGAGAGAGACCGUGGUUGGUCACAAGCCUAAAGGGGAGUUGGAUCAGGUGGGGGAGACGGAUGAGUCGGGGGAGUAUAAUGUGUACAGUACGUUCCAGAGCCACGAGCCUGACUUUGACUACCUGAAGAGUCUGGAGAUCGAGGAGAAGAUCAACAAGAUACGAUGGCUGCCUCAACAGAACGCCGCCCACUUCCUGCUCUCCACCAACGAUAAGACCAUCAAGCUGUGGAAGGUGAGUGAGCGAGACAAGCAACCGGAGGGCUACAACCUGAAAGAUGAGGAGGGCAGGGUGAAGGACAUCUCUACAGUCACAUCACUACAGGUUCCUGUGUUGAGACCUACAGACCUGAUGGUGGAGGUACGUCCUAGGAGGGUGUUCUCCAAUGGUCAUACCUACCACGUUAACUCCAUAUCGGUCAACAGUGACGGAGAGACCUACCUGUCAGCUGAUGACCUGAGGAUCAACAUGUGGCACCUGGGGAUCACAGACCGCAGCUUCA